AUGUCAGUACAUGUACUCAUUGCUGAAAUCAGGUGGUUGUAUGGAAUAGAAGUUUCAUGGAGGAAGACACAUAGAGCCCGCCUAAAGGCCAUUGAUAGGAUUAGAGGGUCUCUAGCCGAAUCAUACUCUUUGUUACCUAAGUACUGUACAACUUUAUUGGCAAGUAACCCUAGGUCUAUUGUCAAACUGCAUGCUCCGCUAGCCACAGUAGAUGACACAUAUGGCACAUUCAAGAGAGUGUUCAUUUGCCUUGCAGCCUGCAAAAAUAUAUUCUUGGAGGGAUGUAGAAAAAUUGUUGGGUUGGAUGGUUAUCACAUUAAGAUUGGUGCAAUUGGAGGGGUAAUUCUAUUGGUUGUAGGCCUAGAUGGGAAUAAUGAUAAGCAGAAGGGUAUAGUUGAUGGGGUUGCGAUUUGCAUGCUCGGUGCAAAUCAUCGUUUUUGCAUGUGGCAUUUGUAUAGCAAUUUCAAGAAAUUGUUCAUGGGAAAAGCAUUAAGGGAUGCUCUGUGGGCUGCCGGAAAGUCAUACACCCAAACUGACUUUGCUCACUGUAUGGAAAUUGUGAAGAGUUGUUUUAAAGAAGCAUAUGAUUGGCUAUGUAAGAUCCCCCCUACAACAUGGUCCAGGCAUGGGUUUGACCCAAUUGUUAAAUCGGAUGACAUCACAAACAACUGGACUAAGUUAUUCAAUUCUUGGAUUGGGGAGUCUUGGUCUUUGCCAAUCGUAGAAAUGCUAGAAGGAGUAAGAAAGAGGCUGAUGCAAAAACUAUUUGAGAGACACGAGGCUGUCAAUGCACAGGCAUCGGUGCUAAUGCCAAGAGUGGAAUCAAUUAUCAGCACAAGGGGGAGAGAGGCCAGGUCAGUUAGGGUUUUCAGGUCUAGACAUUAUGAGUACCAAACAAGAGGGAAUGAUUUGGUAGAUAAUGUGACUAAGAUGGAUGCUAAGACCUGCACCUGUAGAGUAUGGGACAUCAGUGGUAUCUCGUGCUAUCAUGCACUUGCGGUUUUAACAUACACUCGGGGUAUAGUGGAGGAGUUGUGUGAUGUAGCCUUUCACAAGUCCACAUAUUCAAGAGUAUAUAGCCACCUUAUACAUGCACUACCUGGGCAGAAGUAUUUGGCACCAGUUGACUACCAUCCAGUCAGACCUCCAACAGUUAGGAGAAGGCCAGGUCGACCUCCAAUUAGUAGGAGAAGGGAAGAAGAUGAGGCAAGCCCAUCCCACCAUGGCCCACUAGAACGUAAGACAAUAAGGUGCUCUAUUUGUGGUGGAACUGGACACAAUAGAAGGAAUUGUCGUGCUUCUCCUCCUAGUGGCAACAAUACCAAUGUGCAGGUUGAUGUGUCUGCUCCAGAACAAGCUCAAACAGGCUGGAUGGUUAGAAGGAAACUCUCGUAUAUCAUGAGGGGGGUUUAA